AUGAAGAUCCUGAUAACAUCUGACAACCAUCUUGGAUUUAAAGAGAAUGAUCCAAUAAGAGGAGACGAUAGUUACCGUACGUUUGAAGAGAUACUGAAGAUUGCUAAUGAGAAGAAAGUUGACAUGAUAUUACAAGGAGGGGAUCUAUUUCAUGAGAACAGGCCAUCACGAGGAUGUCUUAGUAAAACUGUUGGUCUUUUUAGAAAGUACUGUUUUGGAGAGAAAAUGUCUGAGCUUAAAUCUAAUGUGUGUUUGAAUACCGAUGAUCCAAAUAUUAGUGUGUCGAUUCCUGUUGUGAUUAUUCAUGGAAACCACGAUGAUCCGAGUGGAGUUGACAUGGUUUCACCGAUUGAUAUAUUGGAGAGUGCAAAGCUUGUGAAUUAUAUAGGAAAGCACGGACGCCUGGACAUUAUAGAAAUAAUACCGUUGCUGAUUGAGAAGGAGGGAAAAGUGGCGAUAUAUGGAUUAGGUCAUAUUAAAGAGAGGAGAUUGUACAAGAUGUUUGUUGAGGGUAGAGUCUUGUUUCAAAGACCAGCUGACAGUGAGGAAUGGUACAAUAUUCUUGUUGUGCAUCAGAAUAGAGUUGUAAGGGAAAAAGGGCAGAUUAGUGAGAAACUGGAAGAUGGAUUUUUUGAUCUUAUAGUGUAUGGACAUGAGCAUGAGAGCCUAAUAAGCAAGUUUAAAGGAAAAAGUAUGGUGAUACAACCGGGAUCUACUGUAAGAACGUCAUUUCUUGAAGCAGAAUGUUAUGACAAAUAUGUAUAUGUGCUGGAUGUUAAUAAGGAAGUGGCGGUGGAGCAAAUAAAGCUGUGUAGUGUAAGACCGCUGGCGAUUGGAAGUCUGAAGAUUGAAGGAAAACAGAAUGCGGAAGAGAUAGUGGAGACAAAAGUGAAACAAAUGAUUACAAGACUUGAUAGUAAAGAUGUGUAUGUGGAAAGCAAAGUUUAUAAGGAAGAAGAUCCAAAAAGAACCAAAUAUGAGGGAUUUGAACCAAGUAGGAUUGCAAUUAAAAGAAGUGUGUCUUUGAUUGGGGCGAAUAAAUUAUUUAGUACGGUGAGAGAUUUUCCACUUGUAAGAUUAAAGGUUGAGAUUGAUGAAGGAUGUGUGGUGAACAAACAUAGAGUGAUUGAUUUGUUAACGAAUGUGGUUGUGAAUCCUCAAGAUGCAAUAAGUUUGAUUAGAAAACCUCGGAAUGUAAGCGAAUCAAAAGUUCAUGCAAGAGGAGAGAAGAUUGGGAUAACACGAAUACUUGAAGAAGGCCUGAAGAAUGUAGAGUUUGGAAUACUCAGCAAAUCAAGGUUUUGUGAAAGCCUAGAUGAGUUUGUGAAGGGAGACAAAGAUGCAUUUAAUACGAUGAUCAGAAAUGGAGUAGAAAGGAUUGUGAGCCAGGUUGACUAUUCUUCUGUUAUGAGUGAAGAUUUAGAGUUUAUGAUGAGGAGGAUCAGUCGAGAGCAGGAUAAGUGUAUGGAGAUUGACAAUUUGAAUCAAGAGUCUAUACGAAACGAUAAUAGGAAUAUAGUGAAUGUUGAGGAAUGUAGAUGGAUGACUGGAGUUGAAGUAGGUAAGGCAGAGGAGGAAUGCCUGAAGAGGGAGAUAAAGAAGGAUAGGGAUGAAUCAAGUGCAGAUGGAUCUUUUUCUUUUUCAAAGUAUCUUUAG